GCCGCAUGGCCGGCUCUGGGAGGAGCUGACCCGGCCGCGUCUUGUCUGCACCUCACUUUCGCGGAACGUGACUGAGCAGCUGUAGCCGACAGCUAGCAGCUCUCUGCGAGGAGGGGUGGAGGUGGGAGAUAACGGUGAUUUCCUCCCUGCUUGGCCCACAGCAAGCACCGACUCCCUUCUCCACGCGGCUCCGGGCUGCAGAUGUAGCAGCUCCUACUUCAACUAUGGGUACCUAUACCAACCAGUAGCUUUCCCAGGAUGUAAUUUGACGCUUACUUGCUAAACUUCAAAUAGAUCUGGUUGGAGUUGCAAGGUGAAAGAAAAUGAAUUCUUUUUCUGAUUUACCUGCCAAGAACUUAACCAUUGCAGUCAAUGUGACCAAGACUUUGUCCUCAACAGUAAUGCAUGGAUUUAAUUCCACUAAUGAUGCACCUUCAAUGUCAAUAACAAGGCUUUUUCCAGCCUUACUAGAAUGCUUUGGCAUAGUCCUUUGUGGCUACAUAGCAGGAAGAGCCAAUGUCAUAACAUCAACACAGGCCAAAGGACUAGGAAAUUUUGUCUCCAGAUUUGCACUUCCAGCUUUAUUAUUCAAAAACAUGGUUGUACUUAAUUUAACCAAUGUGGAUUGGUCUUUCCUAUAUAGCAUCUUAAUUGCCAAAGCUUCUGUAUUUUUCAUUGUAUGUGUAUUAACCUUAUUGGUUGCCAGUCCUGAUAGUCGAUUUAGCAAAGCUGGACUAUUCCCUAUUUUUGCUACACAAAGUAAUGACUUUGCCUUGGGAUAUCCUAUAGUUGAAGCUUUAUAUCAAACUACAUAUCCAGAAUAUCUCCAGUACAUUUAUUUGGUGGCGCCAAUAUCUCUUAUGAUGUUAAACCCUAUCGGGUUCAUUUUCUGUGAAAUCCAGAAAUGGAAAGACACUCAAAAUGCUUCUCAAAACAAAGUAAAAAUUGUGGGACUUGGACUUCUGCGUGUAUUACAGAACCCAAUAGUAUUUAUGGUCUUCAUUGGCAUUGCCUUCAAUUUUAUUCUCGAUAAAAAGGUGCCCGAAUAUAUGGAAAAUUUUCUUGAUGGACUUGCAAAUUCUUUUUCUGGAUCAGCUCUAUUUUAUCUUGGUCUUACAAUGGUAGGAAAAAUAAAGAAACUGAAGAAGUCGGCAUUUGUUGUACUAACACUUCUCAUCACAGCUAAACUCCUGGUGCUGCCACUUCUGUGCAGAGAAAUGGUGGAACUCUUGGACAAGGGCGGCAGUGUAGUGAACCAUACAAGUUUAUCAAAUUACGCAUUUUUGUAUGGUGUCUUUCCUGUAGCACCAGGUGUGGCUAUCUUUGCAACACAGUUCAACAUGGAAGUAGAGAUUAUAACCUCAGGGAUGGUAAUAAGCACGUUCGUGUCUGCACCCAUCAUGUAUGUUUCUGCCUGGUUACUGACCUUUCCCUCAAUGGACCCUAAGCCAUUGGCAUAUGCCAUACAGAAUGUUAGUUUUGAUAUAAGUAUUAUCAGCCUGGUCUCCUUGAUCUGGUCUCUCGCUAUUCUUCUUUUGAGUAAGAAAUAUAAACAGCUUCCUCAUAUGCUUACAACUAAUUUACUCAUCGCUCAGUCUAUUGUCUGUGCUGGAAUGAUGAUAUGGAAUUUUGUUAAAGAAAAAAAUUUUGUUGGACAGAUUCUGGUGUUUGUUCUAUUGUACAGCUCCCUCUAUAGCACCUACCUAUGGACAGGCCUUCUAGCAAUUUCUUUGUUUCUUUUGAAAAAGAGAGAGGGAGUACAAAUUCCUGUUGGAAUCAUCAUAAUAUGUGGCUGGGGAAUUCCUGCUCUUCUUGUGGGUGUUCUUUUGAUUACUGGAAAACAUAGUGGAGACAGCAUUGAUUCAGCCUUCUUUUAUGGAAAAGAGCAGAUGAUCAUCACAUCCGUCACCCUGUUCUGCAGCAUUGGGAUAGCCGGAAUAUCACUAAUGUGCAUGAACCGCACCACCCAAGCAGGACACUAUGAAGGCUUCCAGCAUUCUCAGAACCACGUGGCGGCAGAGACUGGAAGCGCUGCUUUUGAGGACAGCCCAGUGCCGAUAAACGAACCCGAGCCUUUUACAAGUGCUAUCCCAGAAACAAGUUGCUGCUCCUGCUCCAUGGGAAAUGGUGAAUUACACUGCCCAUCCGCAAAGCCAGUAGCCAACAUAAGCACUAGUGGGCCUCUGACUCCUUCAUUUGAGAAAAAUGAUCAUUGUGUGAGCCGCUGUAACUCCCAGAGCUGCAUAUUAGCCCAGGAAGAAGAACAGUAUCUACAGAGUGGAGACCAACAACUGACUCGACAUGUGUUGCUGUGUUUACUUCUCAUUAUUGGCCUGUUUGCUAAUCUUUCCAGUUGUUUAUGGUGGCUAUUCAACCAAGAGCCUGGAAGACUCUAUGUUGAGUUACAGUUCUUCUGUGCUGUGUUUAACUUUGGCCAGGGAUUUAUUUCCUUUGGCAUCUUUGGAUUGGACAAACAUUUGAUCAUCCUACCUUUCAAAAGAAGACUUGAAUUUCUAUGGAACCAUAAAGAAACAGCAGAAAACAGGGAUUCUCCUGUUCCUGAGGAAAUAAAAAUGACCUGUCAACAAUUUAUCCAUUAUCACCGUGACCUCUGUAUCCGAAAUAUAGUCAAAGAAAGAAGGUGUGGUUCAAAGACUUCUGCUGGGACCUUCUGUGGCUGUGACCUGGUGAACUGGCUAAUUGAAGUCGGCCUUGCCUCCGACCGUGGUGAAGCUGUGAUAUAUGGAGACAGACUGGUGCAAGGGGGAGUCAUCCAACAUAUCACCAACGACUAUGAAUUUCGGGAUGAGUACUUGUUUUACAGAUUUCUUCAGAAGAGUCCUGAACAUAGUCCUCCUGCUAUUAAUGCAACCACUCCCCAGCAGGAAAGGUAUAAAGAAAUUGAGCAUUCAUCCCUAUCCCCAAAGACCUAAAUUAUGAAGGAGAGAACCCCACAUGGAGUCAUAUUCUAGCCCCAGACCUGUUACUUAUUAACUGUGUGACCUUGGGCAAAUCACAACCUCUCUGAGCCUCAGGUGCCUCUUCUGUAAAGUUUGAUAUGUUCCCACCCCAUGCUAACAUUCUGUGAUUUUAUGUGUAUGCAAAACACACAGGAAACUGACAUAG